AUGGUCACGUCCACGCGCCUUCAAGGCGGCGCGGGAAAGCGCAAGCACUACUUCGAUGAUGGUGACGAAGACGAAGACGUCAAGCCUGUGAUAAGCCUGCUGGACACAACAGAUGACUCCAACUCCGACUUCGACUCCGACAUAUCUGACGAUAUCGACAACCAGUCUAACAUCACCGAGGAAGCCACUGCCGCAACAGCCGCGUUCAAGGAUGCCGAUCCAACGCAGAACUGCUCUCUACUAUUCCAUCAGCGAAGAAAGACAAGAUUGCACUGCUUGGCAACACCGGCGCUGAUGGCUGGUGGCUCAUCCUGUACCUAUGUCGGCAGCGAAUACUCUUCACCUUUCACUGGUCAGACGAAGCCUUUCGCCGCCAAAAUCGAAUACUUCGGGAUUGACGCUAUCGAAGAGUUGCUCUCACGCAUGCUACAAGAUUACAAUAGGUGGAAUUUCCAGGAGCAACCAGACUGGGACGAAGACGAGAAGCAGGAAUUGAAGCGGCUGUCAACAACUGCGUUCACCACUUUCCGAUCCCUCUUCUGCGACCAAGAGCCUUUCGAAUCUCCUCGCGCUGCGACAGACUUCCUGCUGUCAAAAUUUCAGGACGAUGGUGAAGCUCUUGUCACGAUGGUGACCUGGUGCAAGUCCCUCCUUGAAGAGAAAGAGGCUGACGAGGAUGACCAUGUCGAGUUCAUCGAUGCUGCAACACAAACCGAAUUCCUUGAGCAGCUAGAGCCGUUGGUCAGUUCCAACUCGCGGUUCGAGAGACCAGCGCUAUGGCCUUUGGUGCGAAAAGUCCGCAUCGGUCUCGAAGCGCCAAGAAUCCUCAGAUACGUCACCCUCGUCGAUCUACCUGGCCUCGACGAUGUCAAUAAAGUGAGAGUCAAUGCCAGCCUCGACAUCAUGCGAGAUUGCGAUGCGCUCUGGAUCGUAACCAAAAUCGACCGAGCAAUCACUGACAGCAGUGUCGAUUCGCUCUUGAUGAGGUACGGCCGGUCAUUCAAGAUGGCAGUCGUGUGUACUGGAAUCGACGACAAUCUUGACCCUCAACUCCCGGCGCAUCUAGAGAACGAAGGGCAAAGCGUGGGAGAGCACCAUACUCUCUUGCAGGAUGAGAGACAGCUUCGAAGCUUGACAAGGCAUCUGCCAAAGAAGAUUGAGACUCGUAACGCAAAGCUCCAGGGUCGUGGCAAGACCAAGUCAAAGAAGCAAAAGUUACUCACUGAGAAGACCAAGGAAAAACUUCAGAGUGAGAUUAGAGAGUACGAGGAACGUCUGAAGGCGGCCGAAGAUGAACUUCCAAAAGUGGCCUUAGAGCGGUUUGAGAUACUCGUGGACGCUCGCAAUUCGAACACGAUCCGCCGAUUGAAGGCAGAGAAGAAUGACCAUCUUCCGACUGGAAAGUCCUUGGAGGUCUUCUGUGUCUCCAACUUGCACUACGCUGCUCUCAAAGGCGCUCGCAUGGUCAACGGUCCUCGCCUCGAUGCGAAAGGCACCGGAAUUCCGGCGAUCCGCAACUGUGUCUACAGCUCAGCGGCGCCUGCGCAGCUCGAAUCGCUCGAAGACUAUUUCGGGCAUAAGUUCAAAGUCUUCGUGGAAGGUCUGGCUAUGUGGGCCAAAUCGUAUUCUAUCGAAGGUGCUGAGGAUCUUCUCGCCUCUGUCAAAGCGCCGCAAGACAAGGUCCAGGAUCUCACAAACGCAUACGUGGAGCGUCUUCUUGAUUCGAACGAGGAGCUUAACGUCAAGCCCCUUGCUGCCAACCAAGACGAUCUUGUUGCAGCUGCUCUUGCGGAACUCGACAAGAAGAAGAAAUGGCAUUGGGGCACCACUCGCGCCUUUCUCCGGAGGGAUGGGAACCACAAAACUUCGGUGGCGCCAAAGCAGUCCUGGACAGAACAGUUCCUCUCGGCUGCAUCGAAGAUGCUCAACAGUUCAUGGUCUGCUUUUACUGCGGGCCAGGAGACACUGACCUCACAGCUCAAAGCCGAGCUGCUCGAGCUGCUUGAGAGCGUUGAAAAAUCCAUCACCAGUCACCCAGCCUCCAUGAUCCUCCCGAUGAACCGCAUCAAAGAGAUGCUCAAGGCUCAUGUUGAGGGUAUCGAACACGCUUGCCGUGAUUUCGGCGAAGAAUCUGCCAAAGAGCUUCGAAACAUCCAGCUUGACCUCAAUCAAGAUCGGCACUCUGGCUAUUUCAGCCAGGCCAUGUCCGAAGCUUACAAACAGUGCAAGGACGACUGUGGUACUGGCGUCAAGAAUCGUUCGUUUGGAACGUUCGAGACGCAUCUCAAGCUGUCGGAGGCUCGUUCUCCCUUCCGUGUCACCACCAAGAAGCUCAAGGCGGCAAUUCAAGAAGAUGCCAAAGCCAAGAGUAAGGUGCUUGAACGCAAGGUACACGACAUUCUCAAAGACAUAUACCGCCAGUUUGAGGACAUGGUCGAUGAGAAGCUGGACGAUCACGCCGAGGAGGAACUUCGUCGUGAGUUCAGACGCUUCCUGGAGACUGCCGAAGAGAAAAUCGAGGAGGUGAGAGCAGAUCUGGCUCGAAUCAAGCGCCGGUACGACUGA